GACGGCAUUCCAUUUCCGCCGGAUACAAUUAACAGGGGCAGAAACGUAGUGUGGACCUACACUGGAGAUAUUUCACAGAAGGCACCCUAAGGCCAUGUUCACAUGGCAGAAUUUUUACGUAAUAUCUACCCGGAAAGUUUUCCCAGCUGGCGCCAGGACUGCAUGGAAAUGCGCCAUCUCCAUAGAAAGAAAUACAUUUCCAAGCAGAUUCUGCAGAUGGUAUUGACAAGUCUAGAGGCUAGAAUUAGGAUUUCUGUGGCAGAUAGCUCUGUACCUUGCAUGGUGCAGCACAAUCCCACUAAAAGAACAAUGGGCUAUGCUGCAACAAAAUUUCCGAUCUAAAUUUUUUUCACCGGAUUCUGCUCGGAAAUUUUGCCAUGUCAAUACGGCCUGAUGUGUUCCAGGAAGGAAGUGCACAGUGAGGGACUUCCUGGCACACGCCUCACGUCACCGAGAGCUCACCACCAGACCUCAGUUCCUGACGGAAGCUACGACUGAUGUCCCUGUCCCAGCGGCACCAUUGUGAUUGGGUUCACAUUAACCAACUGGAACAUUCAGAAGUCGGGAUCUGCAUUUCAAGAAAGGUCCUUGCAUGUGAGACUCAUCCAGUCGACUAGAGAUAACGUCCCUGGUUACAUAGCAACCAGUCGCGAAAAAAAAAAAAAAUUCAUGGGUAAAAAGAUUUCGCUUUAAUUCCAAGAAUGGCUGUGGCCUGUCUUGUUUUCCUGGGCAGGUUCAUCAUGAAUUCCGUGGGAGAAUCGACUAACUUUUUGGUCUCUGACUGCUGUAGUGACAGACUGAUCUUAAGCGAUUCCUGCCCUGUAGAUAUGCGAUGCAGUCCAGGAUGUUAUCAGGUAUGGACAAACAAUGGAAGCUUCUCCUGUAUUAAAUGUACAAAUGAAACCGGCUUAGAUGUGUUUCAGAAUCUGACAGCGUGCAGACUUGUUUCCACUCAAGCAUCGGAAAUCCACAUGAAUAUCAGCACAGCUCCAUCUGUUCCUCAUCAUUUGAGUAAUCCUGGGGUGGCUGCAUCUCUGCUGCUAGGAACGCUCUUCAUCAGCCUCUUCCUUGUUUUUUCGGUGGCCUCAUUCUUUUACCUCAAGCGCUCGCAUUUGCUACCGGAAAUAUUCUACAGGAGAAAUAAAGCAUCUAUCUUUCAGCCCAAUGAAAUGGCAUCCAUGAUUCCAGAACCAAAUACUUCAGGAAGAAAACCAAGAUAUGUCAGACGUGAAAGAACGCACAAAGCAGCGGCCCCAGUGUUACUGGAUCCUUCUGCUGACAUGCAAAUAAGCAACGUGUGACAUAAUGUGGGGGUGCAACCUGGAACGUUCUAGAUUAUUUGCCUUGUUCCACUGUCGAGCAGAAGGAGUGCUGUAUAGAUAAGUGGACUGUAAAGUAACAGACUCCGCACUGAAGGAGCCAAGGAACUGACAUUUCAGCCUUCGUGGCAAGGGACUUUUUUAUAUUAAUUUGCUAUUUAAUUGUAUAUCUUUGUCAAGCGUCUUCUUGAAGAAACAGGGAGAUGCCACUGCUCAUCCAACGCACUGAAUAAUGUUCUGUCUAGUGAAAGUGUUAGACUGAUAAAUAUAUAUUAUUAUAUUUUGUAAUGAGUUUCUAUGUAUUAUGAGCAACUGCAGUUUGUGUUUUUAAUGUGGAGAGUUACUUUGUAUUUUUAAUAGAUUUCAAUGGCUUUAAUAAAUUAAAGGGAAAUGUAUUUUCU